UAACCAAAAUUUACCAAAAAAUGCAAGAAAAUGUUAAAAUUAACCGUUCGGUCUAUAAAAAUCAUAUCACAUGCGAAUCAAAUUUCCAUAACAACGAGUUGUUUAUUUAUUUGCAAAAGUGCAAGAAUUGUAACGCGUAUGGAAAAAAUGGCUAGAAUCAGCGAUUUUAAAGAGGAAAACCAGGUUUUCGUACCUGAAUUGGUCAUUCAAGAAGCUUCAGAAGCUAUAAAUAAAGUGGUGCCAGCAAAAUCUAAACAAUUAUACGAAAAAGAGUAUUCAAAUUUUUGUGAAUGGAGGAAACGGAAGGAUGCAAAGGGAGUAGACGAGAGAAUAAUUUUGGCUUAUAUUUCUGAACGAUCCAAAAAUCCAAAAUCUUCGUCAUUGUGGGCGUAUUAUUCCCAACUGAAGAAAAUGUUAUCUGUUAAAGAAAAUAUCGAUAUAAGCAAAUUUCAUCAGGUAUCUGCUUUCUUAAAACAACACUCUGUAGGGCACAGACCAAAGAAAUCUAAAGUCUUCAGCUUCGAAGAAAUGGAAAAAUUUUUAGACACUGCUUCUGAUGAUGAAUAUUUGCUGCAAAAAGUGGUUCUAAUUGUGGGAGUUUUUGGAGGCUGUAGAAUUGGAGAAUUAGUUGCCAUGUCAGUUGAUGACGUCGAUGAUCGAGGCAACGUAAUUGUGGUCAAUAUUACUGACACGAAGACUUAUAAGCCAAAAACAUUUACUAUCAUCAAUGGAAGUAACUCUAUUCCUGCCAUUGACGUUUUUCGCAAGUACAGAAAACUACGACCCGAGAGUAUUUUACACAAACGGUUGUUUAUCAAUUACCCUAAACAGAAAUGCACAGUGCAAGCAGUUGGGAUAAAUACUAUUUCAAAAUUUCCCGAAAAAAUUGCACGAUUUCUUUGUCUUCCAAAUCCAGAAGAAUAUACCGGACAUAGCUUUAGACGUUCAAGUGCAACUUUACUGGCAGACUCUGGAGCCGAUUUAGCAGUGGUAAAGAGACACGGAGGAUGGCGUUCAAAUAGCGUUGUGGAAGGAUAUAUAGAAGAUUCCCUUAAUAAUAAAAUUGAAAUUUCAAGGAAAAUCAUAAACCAUUCUGCAACAAUCAUUCAGAAGGAAUCCACCUCAAAUUCGGAAGCAAGUACUUCCGCGUCAUCAACAUCAGUGUCAAAUCAAAAUAUAAAUUUGCCUAUUAAUGAUAGAUAUGGUGUACAUUUCAGUAGCCUCAGUAAUUGUAACAUUUAUUUUAAAUAAAAGUAUUUGUUGGUAUUCGUUAAAGUUAUUUAAAUCAA